GCGGUCGCUUUUGUGGACAUAACAGCUCACUCUUCUCAUUCAACCAUGGCUUCUAGUUCGGGGCUGAGCCCGGUCGCCCGGCCCUGGGUAUUGCUCCUGGUUCUGGCCCUGCUGCAGUGCAGCUCGGCUCAGUUCUGCUCUUUCUGGAAUAACGGCUGCAUCGACCCUCUCGCUCAAACCGCCGUGAGCUUCAACUUCCAGCCUCUCUUCACCGACCCUAUCUACCUCUACUACGGCUUCGACGCGAGUUCUUCAGGAAAGGGCGAGGGUCCCAUGACAAAAACUGGGUUCUGGCUUCGGUAUGAGGAUCGUCACGUCAACAAGGACGCCAUCGAACAUAACAAGACUUCGGAGGUUGCGCUCCGUGUCGGCAAUAUGACUGCCACGCCGUCGGGAACCCACAAUGGAUGUGAUGGUAUCUGGGGCUUUGAGUGCUCGAACGAGCUCAAGUCUGCCGUGCAGCACUCCAUGUUUCACCUCGCUUCGUCGGGCUUUUACUACGAUCGACCUCUUCAGAAGACUCUAGAACACAUGUUGUUGAGUCCGCCUGACCUUCCUCAUUGCGGGCCGUUUGUGCUUGAUGUCGCCACGAUUCCAGUUCAAGACUUUGCCAAAGAAGGAACCGACCAGAAUGUCACCGUGAUGCCCUCAGGUUCUGGCAGUCACCCUUGGCAGGUAUGGUACCUCGAUGACAUGACAGCUCACCAACAAGCUUCCCAAGUCGCCGUUGGGAUAAUCACUCGUGGCCCGACGUACGACAGUCCGCCACCAAUCUCCCCCGAUGAAAUCCAGGUUGAGCUUGUGUGUCUCCAGGCUCCACAGAGUCCGCCGAGUGGAUCAUCAAAGGGUCACGAUUGAAACCUCUCCUAGUGAUGGUCAUCGAACCGUCCAUUGAUUUCUUACCUCUCUACCUAAUAC